GUUAAAUUUUGCCUUGAAACGUCACGCUCAUACGACAUCGUUUGGCUCUGUCGUUCCCAUUGCCAAUAUUAGCAAUCCAGCUCCAGGGCACGCAACUCAAACCCUAGAACCAAACCCUUCCGUUAACAAUCACGACAAUUACCAUUCCAUAUGGCAAUUGCACGAACGGGAGUCUAUGUCGACGACUAUUUGGAGUACGCGAGUACACUGCCUGCCGAGCUUCAGAGGUUACUCAACACCAUCAGAGAACUCGAUGAUCGAUCCCAAUCUAUGAUAAACCAGACGAGGCAGCAGACAAAAUACUGCCUGGGGCUGUCAUCACAUGGCUAUAAGAAGCCUAAUCAUAACAGUGGCCAUCACUAUAAUAACAAUAAUAUGAAUGAAGAAGAUGACAUUGCAAUUAACAAAAUGCGAAAAGAAAUCGAGGCAAAUCAAGAUAGUGCAUUUGGUCUAUGUACUGAGAAGGUUUUAUUGGCAAGACAAGCAUAUGACCUGAUAGAUAGCCAUAUAAAGCGACUUGAUGAGGAUUUAAACAACUUUGCUGAAGAUCUAAAGCAAGAGGGGAAAAUAUCACCAGAUGAACCAGCAAUUCUUCCCCCAUUGCCUCUAGUUCUUAAAAGUGAAAAGCGCAAGCCCAUAUAUGGAACACCUCAAUCAAAGAGACCUGAUUACAGGGAUAGAGACUGGGAUAGAGAGCGUGAUAGGGACCUUGAGCUCAUGCCUCCACCAGGAAGCCAUAAAAAAGACUAUACAGCUCCUGUGGAUUUUGAUCAACCAAUUGAUCCUAAUGAGCCCACGUACUGUGUUUGUCAUCAGGUGUCUUUUGGUGAUAUGAUUGCAUGUGACAAUGAAAAUUGCCAAGGAGGCGAAUGGUUUCACUAUGCAUGUGUUGGCCUAACACCAGAGACAAGAUUCAAGGGAAAGUGGUAUUGCCCAACCUGCAAAUUGCUUCCACAAUGUCAAUGAUCAAUCUUUUUGUACCAAUUAAAACUGCAUCCACGGAUACCCACUAAUUGUUGUCCCAGUAGUUUUUCGAGAUCAGUAUGUAAAAGAAGCAUAAAUUUUCAGACUAUAUUUAUGGAACAAAGGUUUGUCCCAAGCCCCCUCGUCCACUCGCCCAUGCUGAAGAUACAUGUUAUUUUUUUGUUAGUUUUUUCAUUAUUGCGCAGACAUUUAUAUUUGUUGUGGGAGUGAAAUCGUCUUCACUUUGCCCUGUAUGAAAAUGUCCUCAAACUUGCAGACUC